AUGGAAACCUACCCACCCCCCUCUCCUCCAUCCACACAACCUAAUAUCCCCACCUUAGAUGCAGAGGAACUCUUGUGCCACUACGACGUGAAGACGGAAGGAGGCGGGGUCAUAGACAAUGCGAACGCUUGGCAGGUCCUUGCACCGAUCUCCGCGGAUGGCAGCGCCAGAGGAGGUGACUCUGUCGCAUGCUCGCCUGACGUGGACCCUAAAAUCGCGAACAUCUCCGCGUCGGGCCGCUUUACAAACCCAGAGUACCGAGGACCUAGCACCACUACCUUCAGCCCAUCCCACAUCCCCAUCUCCUGCCUCUGGUCCAACCGCGCGGAUGACACACGAUGGACUCGUCCCACAGGUACCGGCACAUCUCCCCUCGUCGUCAUCCUCCACGGAGCCUGUCACACAAACCGGGGUUUCCUCCAUGCUUUAAAAGAUGCUCAGCUAAUCAAAUUCUCCAUCGUCAACCUCUUCAAGUUCGACGACGACCCUCCCACUCUUCUCCCACGAGGGGCAGAAAUCCUCCCCCUCGACGACGUGCUAGAGCGUAACCCGAACUGCGGUCCGAUCCCUCCUCCCCUCCGGUGCGCCUUUGCACUGUACCUCCGCAAUGACAUCGGAGACAAACUCGCGCACACCCUCCUCGCACGCACACAUAUCCCCGUCGACGAUCUCCUAUCCUUCUCUGUCUACCCCCCCCCAAACCCCGAGCCUUACGCAGACUCCUGGAAGAUCUUCACGAUCCUGGGUAUCGACAGCCUGAAGAACGGGCCCUCCUACAAUGAGGUCAUGCGAGUUCGCCACGCCAUCCGCUUGGAGCUCAUUCAACGCCUCCAGAACGACCACUUGUUCGUCGAGGUCGCAACAGCCUCCUUGACUAUGCACAGCGCCCCAAACACGCUCCACGACUUCAUGGACGCCAUCCACCUCCAACCCGUGGCGACGGACAGAACAGGUGACCGUACUUCGUACGCCCUGCUCCUUAUGGCCCCCCCGAUCGCCCCCUCCGUGCACGACAGACUCUCUCUAGUUCUCGCCAUGAGAAAGGCGAUAUGUAGCGAGAAGGACCGACACACCACACUGGCAGGUUUCGAUCUCACCUUCUACGAAGAUCUCGGCCCACACCCUGCUAUCCACUGCUGCAUCUGCGCAUCCGACAUCCACAUCACAAGUCUCUGCCCGAUCGCAAACCAGGAAGGUUGGACCGGUUACCCCUUGACGCACUCCCAAGCGACGCUACACGGAACGGUGGAGGAGGAAGCGGAGAAGCAGGCGCGUUCAGCGCCGCCUGGAUGGUACGAUUAUUGA